CGUCCUGUUUUCCAGCUUGCGUCCGGCCCCCGCCCUGGUCAGGGGGUGCUGGGUGGGGUGGCCAGAGCUCCGGGGAGCCAGAGGCCCAGCCCCGUGCGCCCAGAGAUGCUGCUGCCACCGGGACACCCAGCCCUGCUGCUCCUGGCAGGGAUCCUGCUUGGAGCGGCUGCCCAGGAUCCCCGGUACCAGAUAACCCAGCCCGAGUCCCUGUCAGCGCCGGCCUGGGGCUCUGUCACCCUGCCCUGCGCCUUUACCUACCCCGACGAGAUCGAGCUGCUGCGGGACCUCCGGGUUUACUGGAGACGAGGGUUCCAUGGCCAGUUUAUCUACAAUCACACCGAGCGGUUCACCCACCCGGAUUUCAGGGGCCGCAUCACCCUGGUCGGGGACCCGCGGGGGAGCCGAACGGCCUCGAUCCGCAUUGACCGGCUGCGGGAGUCGGACGCCAGCGAGUACGUCUGCCACAUCAGGGUGCAGAAGAAGGACUACAAAUGGGAGCAAUGGCGCGGUAACCCUGGGACCAAACUCACGGUGACAGCCCAAGCCUCUACGACCCACGUCCCCUCCACGGAGCAGGCGACAAUCUCAGCCACGAUGCAGCAGCCAGCUGGGCCGGGGGCAGCCCCGGUGAUUGGGGGGGCACUGGCGGGGGCCGUCCUGCUGGCCGGGAUAAUCGGGCUGGCUGUGUACGGAGCCCGGAAGAGAACAGGCGGUCGGCAGAAGGACCCCUCGGCCCGGAGGGCGCAUGGCCAGUCGCAGGCUGAAGGCGGAGGCGAGUACAUGGAGAUCAGGGUGGGAGCCCAGUGCUGCCUGGCCCUGUUCCUGCUGGCGCUGCUGGGGGAGCUCUGGCUGCCCGCCCUGCUCUACGCUGCCUGGCUCUACCUGGACCGGGAGACCCCGGCCCGCGGGGGGCGCCGCUCGCCCUGGGUCCGCCGCUGGGCCGUGUGGAGGCACUUCCGCGACUAUUUCCCCAUCACGCUGGUCAAGACGGCGCCCCUGGACCCCUCCCGCAAUUACCUCUUCGGGUUCCACCCCCACGGGGUGCUGGUGGCCGGCGCCUUCGGGAACUUCUGCACGGAGGCCACAGGGUUCGGGGAGCUGUUCCCGGGGCUCACGCCCCACCUGCUCAUGCUGCCCUUCUGGUUCCGCCUGCCCCUCUUCCGCGACUACAUCAUGAGCGGGGGUCUGGUCUCCUCGGACAAGGCCAGCGUCUCCUACCUCCUGGGCCACGAGGGCGGGGGGCAGGUGGCUGUGAUCGCAGUGGGGGGCCCCCCUGAGUCGCUGGAAGCCCGGCCCGGGGCAUUGACCCUCCAGAUCCUCAGCCGCAAGGGGUUCAUCAAGGCAGCCUUGCAGCACGGCGCCGCCCUGGUGCCCGUGUUCUCCUUCGGGGAGAACGAGCUGUUCCACCAGGUGCCGAACCCCCGGGGCUCGCUGGUGCGGGCCGUCCAGGAGCGGCUGCAGAAGCUCAUGGGCCUGGCACUGCCCCUGUUCCACGCCCGCGGCGUCUUUCAGUACAGCUUCGGCCUGCUGCCCUUCCGGCGCCCCAUCCACACUGUGGUGGGGGCGCCCAUUCUGGUGCCCCGGACGCCCUGCCCGUCCCACCAGGCCAUCGACCGGCUCCACGCCACCUACCUGGAGCGGCUCAUCACGCUCUUCGAGGAGCACAAGACGAAGUAUGGGGUGCCCCCGGAGAAGCACCUCAACCUCAUCUAGGGAUGCUGCCCCCCGGGCAGUUCUUAUUGGUUCCCCCCCACGGGGAGCCCUCGGGGGCUUGUUUUGGUUCCCCCUUCAGUGGGGAGGGGGCCCUACAGGGAACUUGG